AUGCUCACAUUCGUGUCAAGUUGCGCGGGUUCAUACUCAGGGAAGACACUCGCGAACUAUUUCUUCGCAGUAAAGGCGUGGCACACCCUCCACGGACAGCCCUGGGAAAUGAACCAUACAGAGAUGAAGGCAGUGCUUGAUGGCGCCGUCAUUCUCGCACCGCCAACGUCAAAGCGCCCAAAGCGGCUUCCAUUCACCAUUGACUUCAUCAUUGCUCUGCGCUUGACCAUGGACCUCUCCCUACCACUUGACGCUGCUGUCUAUGCAUGCUUGAUGACAACGUUCUUCUGUGCAGCACGGCUGGGUGAAUUCACCCUACCUACUCUCGGUGCCUUCAACACCACAAUCCAUGUCAAACGCUCCAACAUUCGUCUUGGUGAAGACAGGCACGGGCUUCGCGUCACCGUCUUCCAUUUGCCACGAACCAAGUGUUCUCCACAGGAUGGUGAAGAUGUGUAUUGGGCACAACAGGAUGGCCUGGCAGACCCAGCAGCUGCUCUCGCUAAUCACUUCACAGUGAAUGACCCACCCCUAGGAGGUCCACUAUUUGCUCGGCGAUAUCAACGAGGCAACAGACCUCUAACGCAGACUGACUUUAUGAAACGGCUCGAGGCUGCGGCCGCGAUUCUCAAUGUUCCUUCACUCAAGGGACAUGGGAUUCGGAUUGGUGCUACCUUAGAGUAUCUACUCAGGGGAGUCCCAUUCGAAGUCAUCAAAUCUAUCGGCAGAUGGAAUGGGGAAAGCUUUAGGCUAUAUCUGCGCCAGCAUGCAGUAGUGAUGGCUCCAUACCUACAAGACACCCCGAUUCUUGAGCCAUUCACGCACUACACAAUGCCGCCCCCUCGGUAG